AUGGCAAACAAGACGGAGCUCGAUUCGAGCCUGCUGGAUCUCCCACUGCAGCAACUCACCAAAGCAACCAUAGCCAGCGAAUACUGGGCCUCCCAGCACCAGGAUCAACGCCUCAACAGCGUGGACUUUGACCUGCGAUCCUUUUGGACAUACUACAACAAAGAAUGCGCCAGGGCUCUGCACAACGGAGGGCGAUACGUGGCUCUGCGAUCGCACCGCGAUGUGGUCGACUGCAUUCGCAAACUCAAGCGCGGCAUGUUGCGCCAUGAAAUCAAGGAGGAGCUGCGAGAGAAACUCACAGCGCCUCACGACAACGAAGACGAGAUGCUCGACAACUCGAUAGAUCUGGCCGCGAGUCUGCUAAUGAUGAUGAGCUUCUGCAGUUUCACGUACGGCUUCUCUGGUCGGAGCCAUCUCCGUUGGAGUCACGGGUCCCUGGAGAGCUUUGUGUCAGCCUACUUUGAUCCUGGAGCUUCCCAUCUGGCCAAGGAGAAUAUCAAGAUGGAGAAGAUAUUCACUGCGCGCAACCUGUGCCGCAUCGCAGGGCUGGAUAUCGUUUGGACUGAUAAUUUGGUAGACCACCUCCGACUGACAGAUGACGAUCGACGUGUGCACAUCUUCCAUCAUGCUUCGUUCCUUUACGUCCAACAACAAAGCGCCGACUCACUACUACCAAAAGGUCUCGCAGAUGAGACGUUGCAGACAUUAGCACUCCUCUUUCCAUCCUCAGACGUGGAAACGAGGAAGUGGUUCUCCAAAUUGUCCGACGCGGAGCUUGACAAACGAGCCAUCCAGUGUGGACAACUAAAAACGGACCAUCGACAAACCGAAAAGUUUAGAUAUUGGAAUGAUCGUCUUGUCGUGUUGAAGCAGGUCUUUGACGAAGCACAGCCAAAAUCGUUAUCGCAAUGGUGGCAUGAUAGGCGAAAUGGCGUCCAAUGGUAG